UCUUUUUUCUUUUCCCUAAAGUCUUUGUAAUUGUUGGGCGUUGAAGCAAACCCAUAGAACCAAAAGCAGCAGCAGCGAAACUGAGAGAUGGUGGAGUUGAAAGCAAAGUGGUUGAAGAAAGCAGUGAUUCCUUCCACUGUUAUAGAGCAUCCUUCCCCGGGCAAUCUCCAGUCUACUCGUCUUGCCCUUCAUGUGAAUGAUGAUAACAAUUCUUCUUGUUGGGUCUAUGUAGCUUCUGGUUGCCAUAUUUACAGACUUCUUAUUCCGAUGAAAAGUUCACUGAUCAACCUAGGAAAGGGGGACCUCCUAAUUCCUGAACAAUGUGAGGUUCUAGAGGCCUCAGUGGUCAAUCGCUGCCCCCAUCGGUCAGAAAUCCAAAGCAUAGUGCUAGCUGAAACUGAAAGCACUGGUUGCUUAACACUGGGAAGCGUGGAUUCUUAUGGUCACCUUAUUGUCUCAAGAUUAGAUGCCAGUGGUAAAGAUGUCAACAGGCUUACGUAUUCUGUCUCUCCUCGAGAUUGUGGUGUUGGAGAAGGUAGCUGGGCAGGCCUUUGCUUCAACCCUACUCAAUGGUCCAUGGCAGCUGUGGCUCACAGUUUCUCCAAAACCGUAGAUGUUUAUGACCAAGAUAUUCAUCUCCGCACUUUACGUACGUAAGUACCUAUCUUUGGUUUGGAGACAGCAGUUAUCCUUUACAGUAUCAUCUCAAACCGUUCAUUCUAUUUCUUGCUACUGUGUUCUCCGGUUCUACACACACUCUCUUUUGGUGUUGUCCCCUCGUCUUUAUUUUCAUUAAUGUGGUGCUUAUGCUUUCCUGAGCCGAGGGUCUAUUGGAAACAAUCUCUCUAUCC